AAACCAAAAGAAAAUGUUGCACGUUGAAAGCCUUUCUGUUAAGAUCUCAAGACGUUUUGCAGCCUCCCUUAAGAUGUGAACUUAAGGAGGAAGAUUUUCUGCGCAGAGACAACAUUUUGAAUUAAGAAAAUCAGCUUUUCCCAGCACCAUGGCUGUACAGAAGUUUGUGAAGAAAACCGUGCGACUUCUGGAGUUGGAGAGACAGGCAGAGAUAGAAGAGACAAGACUUCUCCAGGACCAGGUGUCACCUAAGGAGCUCCAGCGGCGGGGAGUGUGUCUGCUGAAGCUGGGUGUGGUGGAGCAGAGUGUGGGACUGUACGGCAGGUCACUGCUGACACUACGACCUGGACAUGCCGGCGGGGCAAGGGAACUACCCUCACACACAUUCACUCCUGGUGAUAUUGUGGGUCUGACGCUGUCAUCAGAAGCCCGGCCAGGAGCGCCCCAGCUGUCGGGAGUCGUAUCGUACGUCACGACCGCGGCCAUCAGCGUCGCGUUUGACGAGUCUGUAGACGUCCUGUCAUUGGACGGAGAUGCGCUCUACAACGUAGUGAAACUGGCCAAUGAUGUCACCUACAAACGUCUGAAGAGAGCCCUGAAAGACCUGGAGACCUAUGAGCACACCUGUUCCUGCCACCUGAUACAGGUGCUGUUUGGGGAGGCAGAACUCAGCUCACCUCUCACACAACUCACCUUUCCAGGUGCCACCUCAGAUGUGAUAGAUUGGUGUAACCCGUCGCUGAAUGAGUCCCAGCGGGAGGCGGUACAGUUUGCGUUACGCCAGCGGGAAGUGGCCGUGAUCCAUGGACCUCCCGGCACAGGGAAAACAACCGCCGUGGUGGAAAUCAUCGCCCAGGCUGUCAGGCAAAAACUCAAGGUUCUUGCAACGGCUCCGUCCAACGUUGCGGUUGACAACCUGGUUGAGCGGCUGGCAGGGUACGGUGUCCACGCCGUGCGCCUGGGUCACCCCGCACGUCUGCAGGAGGGCAUCAAACACUUCUCACUGGACGCUCUGCUCGCUGGAAGUGACGGUGCCAGAAUUGUGCAGGACGUCAGGAAGGACAUGACUAAAACACUGUCCCAGAUGAAGAGGUGUAGAGGUAAGGCUGGGGAGUACCAGGCACUGCGGCAGGAGAUGAAACACCUGCGCAGAGAGCUCCGGGAACGAGAGGAGAAGGCGUCGCUGGAGAUCCUGGGAGGGGCGGACGUCGUCCUGGCAACCAACACGGGGGCGACACCCGACGGACCUCUCAGGCUGUUACCACGGAAACACUUCGACUUGGUCGUCAUCGACGAGUGUGCACAGGCGCUGGAAGUGUCAUGCUGGAUCCCAUUGCAGUAUGCAGGACGCUGUGUUCUAGCUGGAGAUCACCUACAGUUACCUCCUACCAUCAUCUCACACAAAGCUGCUGCCCAAGGGCUGAACGUGUCGCUGAUGGAACGUGUGAUCAGUCUCCAUGGUGACCAGGUUGUGCGUAUGCUGACGACACAGUACCGUAUGCACCAGGACAUCAUGGCCUGGCCCUCCGCUCAACUGUACCAGGGCAAACUGGUCGCUCAUCAGUCGGUGGCUUCUCAUCUCUUAUGUGACCUUGCCCCUGUGGAGGAGAACGAGGACACGUCCCUCCCCCUCCUGCUGCUGGACACCACCGGCUGUGACCUCUGGGAGAUGGACGUACCCAGCGACCAGUCCAAGGGCAACAAAGGUGAAGCAGACCUGACUAGAACACAUGUGGAGAGACUGAUAAACAGUGGAGUCUGUCAGGAGGACAUUGCUGUUAUAUCUCCUUACAACCUACAGGUUGAACUGUUGAGACAACACCUCUCCUCCAAGUACCCCCGUCUGGAGAUUAAGUCCAUUGACGGAUUCCAGGGAAGAGAAAAAGAGGCUGUCGUCAUCUCACUGGUGCGUUCCAAUGAGAACAGAGAAGUUGGUUUCCUCGCUGAAGAUCGCCGUAUUAACGUGGCGAUCACACGGGCACGCCGACAUCUCGCUGUCAUCUGUGACUCCGAAACUGUCAGUCAUCACAAGUUCCUGUCAUCCCUCAUGGACUACAUGUCUACACAUGGAGAGGUCAGGAGUGCUCACCAGUAUAGAAAUGAAGUGGUGAGUGUAGUGGACUACGUGUCUACACAUGAGGAGGUCAGGAGUGCUCACCAGUACAAAAAUGGUGAGUGUAGUGAGCUACAUGUCCAUGGAGAGGUCAGUCACUAUAGUGUAGUGGGCUACAUAUCUACACAUGGGGAGGUCAGAAGUAGUGAGUGUAGUGGACUUCAUGUCUACAUAUCUACACAUGGGGAGGUGAGGAGUGUUCAGCAGUACAGUAAUGAAAGCGAGGUGACAGUGUCUGCAGACUACAGCAAAGUUCCAGUCAACGUGACCAGAAAACAGGCCUCAAAAGAAACAUCAGGAUCAGCACAAACCACAGAGAAUAAUAAGGCAACUGAAAAGGCUGAUGUUGCUGCAGAGGCAAAGAAGGAACAACAGCCCUCUGCAGAAGUUAGACAACUAGAAAAGAAAGAAACUUCAGAUGAAUCAAAAACAGACCCACACCUUCAAAAGCAACAGGUUAUCAAUAGCACACAGAAAUCAAAUGAUCCAAACGUAGACCUGGAACAAGAUGGCUCACAUCAAACCUGUGACGACACCAUCGGAGGAGCCAAACCAAAGAGGAAACGAAAUAGAAACAGAAACAAGAACAAAACUAGCCAAGAAAAUAAUACUGAUAACAACACAGCAAGCGAUCAAAAACAAACUAUAACAACAGCAAAGGAGGAGAUAGAAACACCUACACCAGAUUUUGCCACAUGUGAACAUUGUGGAAAGAACCUGCCAAAAGCUAACCUAGAGCUCCAUACCAUGCACUGCCAGAGAGUAGCAGAACUAAAAGGAAAGUUACACACAGCGUCCGCACCAAAAGAGAAACCACAUACAGCUCAGAAAAAUUCGUCAUCAAGGCAAGAGAACAAGAGACGGCCAAAAAGCGGAAAAAAGAAACAAGGCGGUAAAAACAUGUUAGAUGACAAGGAGGAUGAAAAUGAUGACUUGGAUGCACUGCUUGCACGUGUGGUGAAAGAAGACCACAGUUGUCAUUAUGAAAGGUGUAAGAACAGUGUGGCCACGGUUGGUCAGUUCUGUGUCCACUGCCGUAAGCUGUACUGUCUGAGUCACCACAUGCCAGAGGUGCACGGCUGUGGGGCGGACGCUCACAUGGAGGCACGGGCAAAACUGUCCAAGGACACCAUUGUGGAGGGUAAACUGUAUGCAGGUUCAAAGAAGAAGCUGAAGCCAGAGCAAAGAGCCUAUCUACAGAGGAAACUGGACAAGAAACUGACAGACAUGGAGGAGAAAAGGCAACCGAAGAGACCAACAGAAAAAUAGACUAUUUGUAAAAUUAAUGUUCUUUUGGAAAAUUGCUGCCUGACAUACAAG